AUGACUUCAAUUGCGGAGGAUAUGGAAAUAGAUAACAACACAAAAAACCAGGGAAACCAGGGAAGUCUAAUAUCGGAUUUGGAGGCUUUACGGCUUGCAGCAUUAUCAACACGCAAGCCACGGAAGGAAAAGGAAAAGUCAGAAGAAGAGCCUCAAAUUGCACAAAUGGACGACGAGAGAGAGGAGGGAGAGUUAAGUGAAACAGAAUCAGUGGAAGCUUGUCCACCGACUAAAAUCACUCAGCUCAAACAUGAGACUAAUGAUAAAAUCUCUUAUGAUCAGAUCACUCGAACUUUGAUGUCAGAGAUAUAUGCAUAUGGUGCCCAGCCUGCCGAUUUCGUCGACUUCGGCAUUCCAUUAGAAAUUGUUGCUCAGUUUUCUAAAGAAUUACACAUAUAUCUUCCGCCAAACAUUGACGGCAAUGGAAUACCAGCCUCUCAACAACUGCGUCUCCAGUCGCUUCCUCCUCAACCCCCCCCCUCUUCAACCAGCAACACCAUCUAUUCCACUUCAAUCAACGGCUCUAUCUCGGUCACUAUCUGCUACACAGACGCAACCGCCAUCAACUACACGUCCGACAAUGCUACCAUCUACUGUAUUCCAGGCGCAACUACCAAUUAUUACACCUCAGACGCGGCUAUCUUCUGCUACUUUUCGACCUCAACCAGCAUUUACUGCGCAGAUGACAUUACCACCUGCUACUCUUCAGCUACCGUCUACUGCACUUCGGACAAAAGCACAGUUCAAUCAUCAUCUCCUAAGUCUCAGACUCAGAUGCAACCACCAUCUAUUACGCUUCAGUCAAAACCAUCAUCGGCCCAGACUCAGAUACAACCACUAUCUACUACGCUUCAGUCAAAACCAUCAUCGGCUCCGACUCAGAUACAACCACCAUCUAUCACGCUUCGGUCAAAACAAUCAACUGCUCCCUCUCAGAUACAACCAUCAUCUACUACGAUUCAAAUACAACCAUCAUCUACGUUUCAGUUAAAACCAUCAUUUACUCCGCCUCAAAUAAAGCCACCAUCCUCCAUGCUUCAACCAAAACCGAUAUCUGCUCAGCCUCAGAUACAAGCGCCAUCUGCUAUGCUUCAGUCAAAACCAUUAUCUGCUCCGCCGCAGGUACAAUUAUCACCCACUACGCUUCAAUCAAACCCAGUAUCUGUCUCGCCUCAGAUGCAAGUAACUGCAGACAAGCGACAGACGGCUGAACUGCCUCAGGCAGAGAUCAAAUCAGUGUCUGUUUCUCGCUCAGCUAUCAAGAUCGAGCUUCCCGCACAAACCAAACCGUUUCUACCAGUACAGCACAAUCAGAAAGUAGUUAUACAAUUGAGUGACGAGUCGGAUGAGGAACAUAGACUUUAUUAUUUGGCUAACAAGAGCAAUAAAAGAGAAGAGAAUAAUAAUACCAACUCGUUAAUAGCAUCCAAAGUGGACAAUGUAGAUGACAAGAAGAUGCUUGACACGAAGAAAGAGCUGGAAGCCAAAGAGAAGGAAAUUAAAAUGAUGAGAGAAUUGAUCGCUUCUAAGACCCAGUCGUUGAAGAAAAAGUCAACUCAAAAUACUAUAGAUGCCUUACCGCUCCAACCUCAAGAAACAGAAACACAACCAAUGGAGACUUCUCCACCAGCGGCUCCCCAAUCAAAUGAAACAAAACCAUCCAUACCACAGGUCCAAGGAAAAGAACCCGAUUCCGUUUCGACUCAUACUUCCUCAAUCAGCACAUCGCCAAAAUCUGCUCCUAUUCUUCCAUCAUCAAAUGCCGAGACAACGGCCGAGCUGCUUCAAACAUUCACGAGUUUCAUUGAAGUUCACAUGGAAGAAUUCCGUCGGCUGAUGAAUGAUCACCGUCAACAAAUGCAGGAAACACUCCAGGCUCAAGAAGAAGCUACGUUAAGAGCCAAAGUCCUAGCCUCACAACGACCAAGACGAUCAAACAGUAUAUCGACUGAUGGACGGUCGAGUGAUAGACGAUCGUCUGUAGGAAUGGAACUCGAUGGAAAGUCAGAUCUUUAUCCAUCUGAAGAGACUAAUAACAAUGGAAAACGAAGUCCUCCUUCGUCAUCUGACGAGUCACAUGAAGGCUAUUCUUCGAGUAAAAAGCAGAAAACAUCCGAAAAGACAUUGGAGAUUCUCGAAUUGCGAAAGCGUCUCGAGAACGUAACGCGAGAACAUUCCGAAAUUUCUGCUAAAUUUGAAGAAAUGAGGUACACUAAGACUCUUGGAAAAGCCAAACCUACGCGUCGAACCGAUAAAUUGUCUUCGAAGAAUCAGCGUAAUAAUAACUUUUCUCCGCGUGGCGCGCUAGCUCACAAACCCAGUCGACAUUCUUCUGCAGCUAAGCGCAAUGAGAUGAAGGACGAAGAUGAUGAAGGCAGUCAUGCAGACGUGGAAAGCGGAUCGAGUGGCAGAUCAAGCGUAGAUAGUAUAAUGGAGAUUGAUAAUGAAGUUGGCGAUGAAAUUGGCAAUGAAGUUGGCACCGCGAUGUCUGAUAAGGCAAUAAGUGAGAGGCCACGGUUGGAGGAAAAUGACUACCCACGUUGGACACCUUAUGUGUCCCCUCUACGUAACUUCAAGUCUUACCGUUUAUCGGCUAAUUUCAAAGAAACUGUAGGGCUUCUCGGAUACAAACACCUUGCAUGGAACAAUAAGAUAAACGUUCAGCUGUGCAUGUGUAAAUAUGAAUUAUUCCCACGCGGACGCGGGAGAUGUAAUGAUCGUUGCUGUAAGGCGAAUCAUUUUAGGCAUAUCAUGAUGACUGAGGAUGAAAUCAUCCAAGACUUGAUCAGCAUCCCGUAUGGCGAUGAUGAAGUAACAAAGGCGGAAUACUUGAAAGGUGUUGAUGCUCUUGUCUUCAAUUUGAGACGUUCACACACAAAUACUUUCGAAGAUAUGAUAACCCAGAUUGUCACGUAUCGUCAAAAAUUCGCAGAAAAAUUCCGAACACGUAAUAAUCAAGUUUCAAAAGGAACUAAUGGUAAAAGGACCGGUAAAGACGAUACGCGCGGACAUGACGCUGUCCUGUAUGAAAUAUUAGAGAGAUUGGAAAAACAGGCUGAGAGGGAGGAUGGUGUAGAAUUCGAAGGGGUAAACAAAGUAUCUCAUCAACGCCAAACGGAUAGAGGGAGGAGAUAUUUCGAUGCAGGGAAAGACUUGGACGAUACUCAAGUGUUAGAUAAUUUUUCGACGCUUAGUACUCCGGAUGUGUAUCCGGCUAUAGUUACGACGGAUGACGUUGAUAUUGAAAAUUUGAAUCUGGACGACAGUAUUUCUCGAGCCGUGACAUCGUCUCUUCCAAUGGAUCGUACCCGAACUCAAGAUGAAUUGUCGUCAACAAGCUCUUCUCCUGCAAACUCUUCAUCUGCUUCGUCGCCUCGUAUGUUUGUAACAUAUGAAUCCAGUGAAUCGAGCGAUGAAGAAUAUGGUGAAAUAACGUAUUAUCGACCAGAUCAUCCCGUCCUCGGAAAUAACGGUUACGAACAAGUAGGCUAUCAUCCCAAUAAUACGAAUGGAUAUAAUAAUGAAGAUCGACAGCAUCUGAAUACAGAAACGGGAAGAGCUGCUAGUACCACUAGCAAUGUUGCGGAGAAUGAUGAUUUAGGUCAUGAAGUGAGAGACGGAGAUGCGCCAUUGAACCUUGUUGGCAAAUUUUUGAAAUGGUGGUGGAAGUAA